AUAGAAAAUGAUACAUUUAACGGGACAAGGCUAUAAUUCACGCGAUAUUAUUAAAAACAUAUUCUCGCCGCUUAUAGGCGUGGUAAGCAGCAGUUUGGCCGAUGAGGUUUGUCAUCGCAACAAUUUGUCCUUUGUGGAGCUGCUGCAGCCGUUUGCCAAGCUGCCCAAUGAUGCGCAUUUUCGAGAUGUAUCCGGCACUAGUGUGUCUGUGCGUGGACUGCGACUGAACUUCUGCGAUGUGGACUGGCGACCACCGCAAACAGUGUUGGCGAGAAAAAUGCUCAAUGAGUCGGUUACCAAUGCACAGAAUGAUAGAACAAAAGUGGUCACGAUUGCUGGCAUUGACCUGGAGCUGCCCACAGCUGAGCCCUGGUUUGAGCAAUGGCGUGAAACAUUUCUGGCAGUACAAUUCCCGGCAGAGCAUGAGUUUACCCGCCAUUUACUAAGCUGCCUGCUGGUGCUGUCCAGUGCGGACCCGAAUAUUAUUGAAACGGCACAAAAGUUAACUCAACGUGUCCAGCAAAUGCAGAGCAUAACACCACAGAAGCUGCCAAAAUGGUUUCAACCCACAGAAGUCCUCAAUAGUUAUGUGGUGCUGCAUGAAGCCAGUCAGGGUGAUUUAUCCAAGGCACAACAGGGCUUUGAGCUGCUCAAGUCCACAUUCGGCGAUAAUAAAUGUUUCCUUGUCUCAAUUAAUUCAGUGGACUCGAAUGCAAUGAACGACAUGCCUGACCACUGGGCAACAUAUAUAAAGCGACAACCCAAAAGUGAUAACACAACUUCCACUGAACUCAGUGCACCCAAAUCUCCGCAGGAAGCGGUCUCGGUCAUCAGUAUGCCGGCUAUGCAAAUGUCACAGCUGCUGGAGGGUGCGGCACAGGAAAACGAGCAAGCUAUUGUGCAUCCGCUGAGUCCCAUGCAAGAGAGCGCCACGGAGGCCAUAAACUCAAAGUUUAGCAUUAGCAGCGAAAGCAUUGCUUCCCAGACUAUCAAUCCCAAUGUGUGGGCCAACGAAGUGGAUGCAGAUGCGCCCCAUGGACAAAGUCUCGCUGCACGAGAUAUUGAAAAUUUGCGUCACUUUGUGCAGGAUUAUGCAGUGCGCGCUCUUAUACCCUAUGUAGAACAUUUAGUGGUCACGCUCAGUGAGGGUGUGACCAAUAAAAAGGGCGUCAGCAAGUCACUGCUGAGCGCCACCAAACGUUGGUUUGUCACCAGCAAACCAGGCGCUGGAGCUAAUAAUCAAAAUGCAGUCAUUUAUACAAACGAGUCCGCUGAGCUGCAGACUCGCAAACUGGGUGAUCUAUACUUUAUGUUUGGACACUAUAAUCUGGCAUUUCAAGCCUAUCAUCAGGCUAAGCGUGACUUCAAUGCAGAUUCCGCUUGGCAAUACUAUGCGGGUGCUCUGGAAAUGGCAGCGCUCUCCGCCUUUAUGCUAGGCACAGCGCAUCGCAAGACGUACGACUACAUGGAGGAUGCCAUUGUGUGUUAUUUAACCGUGUGCAAACUGCAACAAUUUGCUACGCGCGCAACACUGCUGAGCAUGGAAUGUCUGAAGACAGCGCGUCUAUAUAGCGAGGUGGCCAAACAGCUUAUACGCAUGACCAGUGAGGAUUCUGAUUUGCGCUCUGCGUUGCUUUUGGAGCAGGCAGCCUAUUGCUUUCUGGUCACACAGCCGCCAAUGCAUCGCAAAUAUGCUUUCCAUAUUGUCUUAGCGGGUAAUCGUUAUUCGCGUGCUGGUCAACGCAAGCAUGCGUAUCGCUGCUAUCGCCAGGCCUAUCAGGUGUUCCAGCAUCGUGAGUGGAGUCUGGCCGAAGAUCACAUUCAGUACACGGUGGCCAAGCAAGCGUAUAUGUUAAAGCAGCUGGACGAGGCAAGUCGCUCGUUUGCACAUCUGCUGCGCCCAGGCAGUUUGCAAAGCGCGCAGCAGCAGAGCAGUUUCCUCAAGGAAUACAUACAAACGCAGAAUGACCUUGUCAAACGCAGCCCCGAGCUUGGCUUGCUGCCUCAUGCUUUGCCACAGUUAGUGCAGUCUUCGGUGCGUGUGUUAACCUUGGUACAGCCGCCCUGCGCACAGCCACCGCAAGUGCCCGCCAGCAACAUAGACAUCAACUCUCCCGUAACAUCAGACGAAUCCAUUUGGCACAAGAUUGAAGAAAUGCUGGUCAUUACGGCUGCGUCCAACAAACCAUUUGUGUUUAAGCCCUCCCGUUAUUUGUACACUAAGCAACAGCCUGCCACAGAGAUACCGCUGGGUGUCCAGGGUGAGCCAAUUGAACUGUCUGUAGCGCUGGCCAACAGCGUUCGCUGUCCCAUUAACUUGACGGACAUUGAUCUGCUCUGGCGGCUUACGCUGGACAACGAAGAAGUCAUUUCCAAUGUGUGUGUCUACGAACAAUCUUCGGAUAGCGCCAGCAAGGCUGCUGUGUCGGCAGCUAUUAAGAUCAGCUGCCUGGCAAGCUUAGAACUGGCAGAGCAGGCCGAGCAGCUGCUGCACUUUAAGCUCACGCCCAAGCUAACUGGACGUUUAUCUAUAUUGGGCGUUGUUUGUCGGGUAGCUGCCAAGGCGGAACCAGCAGCUAGCUUAUUGGGCCUGCUGCAGUUCGAAACUCAACGCAUUAAACCCACUGCGGCUAAGCAAUCCUCUCAGACGUUAUUGGACAGCAGGUUAAGCUUAAAGCUGGUGCCACAAGUGCCGGCACUAAGCGUCAGCUUUACUCCUGUACCUGCGGAGCUAUUGACUGGUGAAAUAGUUCCCGUGUCCAUAACGCUGCGUAAUCUAGGCAUUGCACCCAUUGAGGAAAUUUAUUUGGGAUGUGAUAAUCCGCGUUGUCUGACACUGUUGGACCAGCAGCACACUGAGUUGCCCAUAACUAUGCUCAGUUCUUUGAAGGAUUUAUCGAACGAUAAGCUGGUCAAGGAUAAGGAAAUACGCAGACAACGCGUUUUCCGGCUGCUGCAGCGCCAGCCUGCGCUGGAUGCACAGGAGGGACAGACCAUUUCCAUGUGGAUACAAGCGCCACAUACUGCUGGUCCAUUUACACUGCGCUUGCUCUUUUAUUAUGCGUUGCCAGCUGCGGCCAAUGCGCACAUAAAAUAUCGCCUGGUGCGUCAUAUUUGGCAUGUGCAGGUGCAGAGCUGCUUGCAGGCUGAUGCCAGCUGCGUGAUCAGCAAUGCGGUUAGCCGUGAGCUUGGUCUGGAUGUCAAUCUGCGAAACGUGCAUGCGGCGUCGCCCACCGAGGUGUAUAUCAAUGCCUUGUCGCUAUAUUCCAAGGAAUAUAAAGUGAAUGCGCAAAAGCUGCUGGUAAUGAACAAUAUGGAGCUUGCGACUGGACAAGCUGGCGCACAGUGCUUGAAAGCUGCCAAAUGUUGCAGUUUCCAAUGCCGUUUGUUGGCUAAAGAUCCGGAACAGUUUCCAAAUAUACCUACGCUUAAAUCGCUUUUGCAUACACGUCUUUCACGCUUGGAAAUCAUGCCAGCCAAGAAUGCACAGCAACUGGAUCAGCAUAUGCCUACACUGCAAGAACCGCACAGUUUCUUAGCCAAUGAGGAAACCAAUUACUUCAAUACCAACAUUACACGAGAGUUCAAAUGCCACCAUUCGAGCUAUGUACCGCAUGUCACACUUGCACUUAGCUGGAGCGCUUUGGUGCAACAGAAUGAAAUGCAGCGCGUUGCGAGUGGAUUACACUUUAUUAAGCUGUAUACGCUCUAUGAAACUGGCAGCUGUCCUGGCGCUGUUGAGGCAGUUUAUAGGCGUCGCCUCUCCAUGGAAGUAGAACAAAGCACACAUGAGUUUCAGUUGCCUGAGGAGUUUGGCAACGAAGCUGCCACCGAACCGUUGGGUGAUGAUGACGUGGCCGACUUUUGGGAGCCGAAUGAACAUUACGUGAGUCAGCGUUGUUUGCUAGAGGAUGAAACCUUUGUGCUGACUGCCAGAGCCUAAAUGCAAUAAUCUUGUAUCAUUUAAUUUAUAUAAAUAUAUUUUAAUAAUAAUGGUUAA